AUGGUGUGGUCGCAACUAGAAGUGACGACACCUCACAUUGCAUAUGCGUGUGUUGGUAUAUUCUCGACCCUAUUUUCACUAGUGUCCUUAUUUGUUAAGGAACGAUUAUACAUUGGUGAAGCUACAGUUGCUACCAUUGCUGGUCUCAUACUUGGGCCGCAUUGUCUAAACUGGUUUGCACCCACUACAUGGGGUAAUGCAGACUUGAUCACAUUGGAAAUAUGUCGAAUAGUUUUGUGCAUACAGAUUGUUGCCGUUUCCGUUGAGUUGCCACGAAAAUACAUGAAAAAACAUUGGCUAUCAGUAGCCAUUCUUUUACUACCGGUUAUGACCGUGGGCUGGCUAGUUGUUGGCUUGUUCAUUUGGGCUUUAAUUCCUCAUUUUACUUUUAAUGAUGGCUUAUUGGUAAGUGCCUGUGUUACUGCAACUGAUCCAGUCUUGGCUGCUGCUGUUGUCGGUAAAGGUAAGUUCGCGGAAAGAGUUCCUGGUCAUUUGCGUAACUUGUUAUCUGCCGAGUCUGGCUGUAACGAUGGAAUGGCCUUCCCUUUUAUUUAUUUGUCACUUAAUUUGAUUGUACAUUCAGGACACGCUGGAGAAAUUGUCAAGGAUUGGAUCUUGUUGACUAUUUUGUGGGAAUGUGUAUUUGGAAUCGUGUUGGGAAUUGUUAUAGGAUACGUUUUGAGAAAGAUUGUUGAGUUUGCGGAAACCAAGAACUUGAUUGAUCGAGAAUCAUUUUUGGCAAUCUUUAUAUUUAUUGCUUUCAACUCAGCUGGAAUAGGAUCCAUGUUGGGAGUUGACGAUUUGUUAGUGUCGUUUGCCGCAGGCACCACUUUUGGUUGGAAUGGUGCAUUUGCUAAAAAGACCGAAGAAUCUCAUGUAUCGACUGUUAUUGAUUUACUUUUGAACUUGUCGUUUUUUGUUUAUUUUGGUGCAAUUAUCCCAUGGCCGCAGUUCAAUGAUGCUUCAAUUGGAUUGAAUGUUUGGAGAUUGAUUAUUUUGGCGUUGGUCAUUAUCUUUUUAAGAAGAUUACCCGCAGUUGUAUGUUUGAAACCAUUUACGCCUGAUAUCAAAACAUGGAGAGAAGCAUUUUUUUGUGGCCAUUUUGGGCCCAUUGGUGUUGGAGCUAUAUUUGCAAGCAUAUUGGCAAGAGGAGAUCUUGAAAGUCAUUAUACAACCGAGGAAACUCCUUUAAGUGAGGUUCCAGGACGCGGAUUCCCACACGAUCAAUUACUAGUUACAAUUUGGCCACUAGUGUGUUUUAUUGUGGUUACAUCCAUCAUUGUGCAUGGUUCUUCUGUUGCAGUUUUGACAUUGGGUAAGAGGUUGAACAGAAUGGCCAUUACAAUGUCAUUUACUGCCACAACCGGUGAAUCUGGUAGUGGUCCAAACUGGAUCCAGAGAUUGCAAAAGCUUGAUAGGACCAACUCGUCAUAUUCUUUGCAUAGAGUUGACACUAUGGCACCGGACGAAAAGGAACUGCAAGAAGAAGGCGAAGUGCAACACGAUCAAAGUCAACUACCUGAGACGAGUGGUAUCAAAGUCCGUCCAGCAGGAGGGGCCAAAAGGAGAAAGAAAAAGAGGAGACACCAAAGGCAAGGACUUAUUCAGAAAACAUUGUCAAGAGUUACAAGUGGAGAUGACGAAAAUGGGCACGCGCCAAGACACAAACCACACCAGGAGGUUCUACAGUUGGGUGGUCACACUGGUGGUGGUGGUGCUCAUGCUAAUACUGCUCCUGCAGCUACUGCAGACGAAGAAAAAGCUCAGCAUACGCCAACAAAAAGUACCUCUUCUUCAGAGCCCGAGGUUACUGCAGAAGUUAAAAACUCAUCUUCCUCCGCUGAAGGUGAGCAAUUACUCGAUCCUCAUGAGAAAACUUCAGGUAAGCUGGAAUAUGGCGAGCGCAGCAAGCCGGAAACUCCCGUUCCGACAUCUGCGUAUCAAGAAGGUGACAGAAUCAUCAUUGAAGAUCAAUUUGGAGAAGUUAUGGACAACCUUACCUUGGGUAGAAGAAAAGAGGCAGCUGAGAAGCGGAGAAAACUGCAAAGUAGUAACAAGCAGCCACCCACGGAUGCUGAUGCGGAUGAUGAAGCAGAAGAAGGAAAGGAGGAUGAAAGUAUACACUCUAUGGAAUCUUUGCAAAGACAUAUGUCUCAGUAUUCAAAUGCAUCAACCAUGAAAAGCGACGAAUCAGAAUCGGGUAGUGCAGAAGAUACAGGUGGAAGAUUGUCGCCAUUACGCAAGAGACUAUCUCGCUCUGCUUCUCGACGCUCCUACUAUAGAAAAGAUGACCCCAAUAGGAAAAAGGUUUAUGCCCAUCGUAUUGAUAAUAUCAUAACCAUUGAAAAUGAGGAUGGUGACAUCAUAAGAAGAUACAAGGUUAACCGCCAUGCUUCUACAGUACCAAAUCCAACGCCAAACAGAUCUAGAUCGUCAACAUUGGUGGGAAAGAUGAAAUCAUUUGUCGGUAUGAAACCAAAUGACAUUGCUACAUCACAAACAGGUGCAACAAAUCACCCGUCGUCGUCGCAAACUGACCCAAUUGCAGAAGUACCCAAAGUACAUGUAACUGAUUUGGAAAAGGGAGUUCACCAUAACAUUCUCAUACCUCAAACCGAGCGUGAUCCUCAUCCAGAUAGUGCCAAACUUGAUAAGAUUGAGGACAAAAUUGCGUCCAUCUUGGAAACUAAACAUGCCAAGGGUCAUCACUCGGCAGUGAGGAAAGCAUCGCCGCCCCCACCACAAAGGUCUCAGGCACAUGACCCUAUAGAAGAGGAAGAAUAUUACGAUGACGAGGAAGAAGGCACUUCUGACGAUGAUGUGGAAGAUGAAGAUGAAGAUGAAGAUGAGGAUGAGGAUGAGGAGACGGAAGUCGAGAAGCAAAGAAGAUUGCAAGCAUUGGGCAAAUUGCCAAAUAAGAAUCGCGAUAAAAACGACGAGGAAUAG